CCACACUCAUCGCACACGUUCCCUCAUCGUCUUCUACGCGUUCUCUAUGUGCCCAUUUGGGUUCACAGGCUUCGUUUGCCUUCUGCUUUCUUGAAAUCUAAAACUUCAAUCCGAUUUUCGUUUCAGCCUCUGUUGAUUUUCAACGCGUCUUCGUCUCUAAAGCUAAUUAAAUCAAUAUUCAAUACUAGCUUCUCUGUUUCUUCUUCUUCUUCUUCUUCUUCUUCUACAAUCCCUUUUAGUUAACUUCCAGAGAGUUGCGCUCGUGAAAAAUUAAGAGGAGAUGACGAAGCAGAAUGUGGUGAUGGCCGACGCCAAAUCCGGAAUCAACAUGGCAAUUGCGGUGGCUGUUUCGAGCUCGUCGCUCUUCGCGGCGACGCCGGAGAAGCCGGCGGCGGCGCCGGCGGGGUACGUCUCCAUUUCGCGCAAGAAGCUUUUGAAGAACCUGGAGAUAGGGGGAGGAGCCAGAAUCAAUGCCUGGGUGGAGUCAAUGAGAGCUUCUUCCCCAACUCACAUCAAAUCCACACCUUCUCUGGCCGAUGACUACUUAAACUCCUGGAUGCUUCACCACCCAUCGGCUCUCGACAUGUUCGAACAGAUAACCAAUGCUUCCAAGGGGAAAAAAAUAGUGAUGUUCUUAGACUACGACGGCACUCUCUCUCCGAUCGUCGACGACCCUGAUCGAGCUUUCAUGUCUGAUGCGAUGAGAGCUACAGUGAGAAAGCUGGCUAGAUAUUUUCCCACUGCCAUAGUGAGUGGGAGAUGCAGAGACAAGGUAUACAGCUUUGUCAGAUUAGCAGAGCUGUACUACGCCGGAAGCCAUGGGAUGGACAUUAAGGGACCCUCCAAGAAAGGCUCCAAAUGCAAGAAAGAGAGCCAAACCAUUCUCUGCCAACCAGCCAGUGAGUUCCUUCCCAUGAUCGACGAGGUAUACCAGACAUUGCAGGAGAGAACAAAAUCUACGCCGGGGGCCAAGGUGGAGAACAACAAGUUCUGUCUCUCGGUGCAUUAUCGCUGCGUUGACGAAACGAAAUGGAAUUCACUGGCACAACAGGUUAAAUCGGUGCUGAAGGAGUACCCUAAGCUUCGGUUGACCCAAGGAAGGAAGGUAUUGGAAAUCCGCCCUACCAUAAAAUGGGACAAGGGGAAGGCCCUUGAAUUCCUGUUGGAGUCACUUGGAUUCGCUAAUUGCAACGACGUCUUGCCCGUCUACAUUGGAGAUGAUCGGACCGAUGAAGAUGCAUUCAAGAUUUUAAGAGACAGAGGACAAGGCUUUGGCAUUCUCGUCUCCAAAGCUCCAAAGGACACCAGUGCAUCAUAUUCUCUUCAAGAACCAGCUGAGGUUAUGGACUUUCUGCAGCGCUUGGUGGAUUGGAAGAAGAAGAGAGUAUCGUUGCAGCGGCGGUCUAGAAUGGCAUAAAGACAUGGUAUAAUAAGUUAAAAUGUCCUCGCCCAACUGAGAAGUGUUAGGAGGGUGGGAUGAGAAUAUAUGUAAUUUCUUGUUCAUGAUUAGAACUUUCUUUUCAAAAAAAAAAAAAAAAAGAAAAGGAUAAGUUAAGAACAAGAAAGGGAAAAAGAGAAAAGGAGAGCAACUUUUCCCCUGGCAUCAAAGCCUUGUACAUCUUGUAAACUAUGCAUGUACAAGGGAAAAAUUGUAAUUUUGCAACUUUUCUAACUUAAUUAAUGCAUAUAUGAUUAUAUA